AUGGCAAACAUCCACUUUGCCAUGUUUAGCGGGGUCGUUUGGCUGGCCUAUCUAAUGGCUGAUUCAGUUGCCAUCUAUGCGCUCAGCAUAAUCACGAACAAGCUCACAAAGUUAGACAGCCAAAGUGUGGAUGCGGACACCCAGCUGAAUGCGUUCUGGGCGCCAUUCCUCUUGUUACACUUAGGAGGCCCCGACGCCAUCACAGCAUAUGCCCUGGAAGACAGUGAGCUCUGGUUGAGGCACUUGUCGGCACUAGUCACCCAAGCAGGAGUGACAUUUUAUAUCUUCCUCAUGGCAUGGACUGGCCAAAAGAUAUCCAUCCUCGCCAUUGUAGUGAUUCUUGCUGGGCUUGUCAAGUAUGGUGAAAGGGUUUAUGUGCUCUGGACUGCCAGCAGUGAGCAGUUCAGGGAAUCCAUCCCCAACCCGCCUCCUAAUUAUUCCAAGAUAAUGGAGCAACAUAAGUUGAUGAAGGCUGAGGGCUAUGAUGUCAUACCGCACGAAGUGAUCAAGAUCCGCAAUGUGAUUGAGGAAAACAUUGUGGAUGGUGCCAAUCUUUUGUCUCAAAGUCCUUAUAAGCGUGAGCAAGGAGCAUUGCUUGUGGCCAGAGACUUAGUUAAAAUAUUCCAACGCCUUUUCGCGGAUCUCCUGCUGAGUUUCGAGGAUCGUGACACAAGUGGUUCUGUGCUCAAAGAUAAGGAUCCCCUCACGGUCUUCAAGAUCAUCGAGAUUGAAUUGGGAAUCAUGUACGAUUUGCUCUACACAAAGGCCAAGGCAAUCCAUAUUAGUUGUGGCUUGGCUUGUCGCAUAAUUGGAUUGGUUUCAAUCAGCAUCGUAUUAGUACUCUUCAUCCUGAUCGGAAUUACUCAGUAG